CCGAUUCGAGGAAGAAGGACUAAAACGCAAAACCUUCUUAAGCCCUACCAACCCACAAGACCUCGCCGGACGCCGCCGCCAUGCCUCCCAAGGGCGGCAAGAAGAAGCAGCAGCCGGCGGCGUCCCCACGCACGCCUCCCACCUGUGACUCCGGCGGCGGCCUCGACCUCCCAUCCACCGCUGCUGCCGCCGCAGCUCGGUACCCGGCCCUUGUGCCCCGAGGCGGCGCCGACUGCUUCGCCGGCACGGUCGCCGAUGUGGCGCCCAGGGGCGGGAGCCGCGGCGGCGGCGAGGGGAGGCUCUGGCUCUCCGAGUCCGCCAUGGUCGCCGCCGGGCUGCGGCCUGGGUGCCUCGUCUCCGUAUCACUAAUGUCAUCAAGUAGUGACCAACUACAUGGAUUCCCCCUAGAUAAUUUAUUUGAGUGCAAUAGAUUCUUUGAUCUUGAUGUGGACAAUGAUCUCAUGUAUGGUGAAGCUGGGAGAAACUUUGUGAUCGCCACAGUUUUCCCCUCAUGUGAGGUUCAAAAGAAUGGCAUCAAGCUCUCUUGGGAUCUUUCUUGUAUCCUGGGAUACCCUUCAGUAGGUCGAUCUUUGUUUAUUAGCCCGCUAUGUACACCUCAGUACGAAACACAAACUGUUAAUGUCGAGAUUUUACGGGUAAGAAAAUGUAAGAAUCUUUACCUUAGUCUAGUUCCACAUAAGGUUGGAUCUUCCAGUGGUAUUGAAUCAGAGUCUGAUUGCCAUUCUAGAAGAAAUGGAAUGGUGAUGGAGUCACCUAUGAAGAUUCCAUCAUCUCCACUGCUCAGGAAUAAGUCCCAUGAUUUUGCAUCCAAUAGUGUCUCUUCCUUGUGGUUGGAUCCAACCACUGCUAGAGCAGCAUUAGCAGAUGAGAAAGUUAACGAGUUGCUGCAGACUUCUGCAACGCGGUGGCUCAGUGGUAGGCACUUGUUGAAAGGAAACUGCGUUCCGCUGUCAUUGUGUGGAAAAUUGUCUUUGUUUGUGGUCAUGGGGGCAGAAUUAGAUAGUUCUGCUCUGGAUGGUUUGUAUGAGAAAGGCAAUUCACUGUUGACUGCAGAGGUUUCUGCUAAGUUAGGGGAAGCCCCAAUUUUAUUCUUUGUUGACAAAACCACAAAAGUGCAUCUAUCUGAUUCAGUGUACUCAGAGAAGCUUGGCUCGGAUAAGCCAGGUUUGCCAUUCGAAUUUCCUGUAUCUGCUGAUACAAGAAUUGAAGAUUCCAAUCGUGCUCCAAGGCUUGGUGGAUUAUCUAAAGAGUUAGAAACUAUAAAAGGAAUCAUUUUAUUUUCACUGGCUGAUCAAAUUGGUUUGCCAAGGUACAAAGGCAUUCUUCUUUAUGGUCCACCUGGAACAGGGAAAACCUCUCUUGCUUCUUCCUGUGCCUAUGAUGCAGGAGUAAACCUUUUUACAAUCAAUGGACCAGAGAUCAUCAGUCAGUAUUUCGGGGAAAGUGAGCAAACAUUGUAUGAUGUUUUCACUUCAGCUAAGCAAGCUGCCCCUUCUGUGAUAUUUAUUGAUGAAUUGGAUGCAAUUGCUCCAGCAAGAAAGGAUGGGGGUGAGGAGUUAUCUGUUAGAAUGGUAGCCACUCUGUUACAAAUGAUGGAUGAGAUAGGCCCUAGCGAUCGUGUUAUAUUGAUAGCUGCUACAAAUCGUCCUGAUAGUAUUGAUCCUGCGUUGCGACGCCCUGGAAGAUUGGAUAAAGAAAUUGAAAUAGGAGUACCAUCUCCGGUACAGAGGCUGGACAUACUUCACCAUCUUCUAAUUGGAGUUCACCACUCUCUUACUAGUGAGGACCUCGAGUCCCUUGCUCUGGCCACCCAUGGAUUUGUGGGUGCUGAUCUGGCCGCACUAUGCAAUGAGGCUGCAUUGAGUGCUCUUCGCCGUUACAUCAGCCUAAAAGAAAAUUUAACUCAACAAUUUGGUCAUCCUGACACUAUUGUAGAUAAGUGUAAUAAUCAAGAGACUGAUGGUCCUUUCGGCUAUCAAAUAAGGUCAUUAUCAUCAUCUCUCUCAAAGUUGACCAUGUCAGCAGAGGAUGUUCCUUGCACCAAGGGUAAUAACACUAAAAGUAGUGAAUCUGAUGAUGAGAAAGAUGAAAAGCUAUUGUUAGUGACCACUGAAGACUUUGAGAAGGCUAAAAUGAAAGUUAGACCAAGUGCAAUGCGUGAGGUAAUGCUUGAGCUUCCCAAGGUACAAUGGGAAGAUGUUGGUGGUCAAUCCAGUGUCAAGAAGCAGUUAAUUGAAGCCAUCCAAUGGCCACAGAAAUGUCCAGAAGCAUUUGAACGUAUAGGGAUCCGACCCCCCAGAGGAUUGCUAAUGAUAGGACCACCAGGUUGCAGCAAGACAUUGAUGGCUCGUGCUGUAGCUUCUGAAGCAAAAUUGAACUUCCUUGCAGUUAAGGGUCCUGAACUUUUCAGCAAAUGGGUUGGCGACUCUGAGAAGGCAGUGAGAUCGCUAUUUGCGAAGGCGAGAGCUAAUGCACCGGCAAUAUUAUUUUUUGAUGAAAUAGAUGGGCUUGCAGUAACUCGUGGGCAUGAAAAUGAUGGCACAUCUGUUGCUGAUAGGGUACUCAGUCAGUUGCUUGUGGAAAUGGAUGGUUUGGACCAAAGAAUUGGUGUUACUGUUAUUGCAGCUACAAAUCGUCCUGACAAAAUUGAUCAUGCACUUCUGAGGCCAGGUCGUUUCGAUAGGCUGCUUGAUGUGCAACCACCAAAUGAAGCUGAUCGUAAAGAUAUUUUCCGGAUUCAUACGCGCAGAAUGCCAUGCAGUCCUGACGUGAAUCUAAAUGAACUUGCUAGACUUACAGAAGGCUACACAGGUGCGGACAUAAAGCUUGUCUGCAGGGAAGCUGCUGUUGCUGCGCUUGAUGAGAACUUUGACAUUCCAGAAGUAGCAAUCAGACAUUUCAAGCAUGCAAUCAACAGAAUAAAGCCAUUAGAUGUUAAGUUUUACCAAGAACUUGCAGAGCGGUUCCGAAGAUUUGUGGAUGAUGUGCCACAGAGAAAGUAAUAAUGCUGGGGGACUUCUGCCAUUUUGUAGCUUGAAGAUUCUUGAGUGUUAAAUGUAAAUACAGAUUUUGUUGUAACUUGUAAGUGAUACCUAAUCUCGUUUCCAUCGCCUUUUGGCGUCACUGACAUGGGUUCUUUACUUUUAUUAGGUACCACUAUACCCAGAUAGAAUCAGUUCAUGACUUAA